AUGCCUAAGAAGGGUGGAAAGAAGAAGAACAAGGGCGGCGCUAAGCCCGCUGCCGCUGCCGCUGUUGACAAGGUCGCCGACACUGCGAAGACUGUUGUCCAUCCGGGCCACGAGACCGAGGAUAAGGUCAUGUACGGCGAGGGAAAGACCGAGUCCCCUGAGCAGACGCAGGCUCCCGCCGAGUCCACGACCGAGGAGACCCCUGCCGCACCCGCUGUGACCGAGACCAAGGAGGCCGAGAAGGAGACCGAGAAGGCCGCGCCGGUCACCGCUGCGAACAAAGAGCACGUGCACGAGACCGGUGACAAUGCGCAGGCCUCCAAGGCCGGCACCGUUGGCGAGCUCGCCGGAGGCGACAAGGAGAACAAGGCCGUGCUGCCCGAGAACACCGUUAACGCGACCUCCCUGGGUGCGGAGACCUACCCCUCGACCACCGAAGCUUCCGCCGAGGAGUCCGCGAUCUCGACUGCUGCAACCACUGGCGGCGCUGCCACCACCUCCCUGUCUGAGCGCCCCAAGACCUCCGAAACGACCGCCCCCGCCGCUGUCCCGUCGGAGACCGACGCCGCACACAUCAAGCGCCCGUACGAGAAGCCCAUCUUCUCGAACGAUGAGGUGAAGCCUCACAAGAUGGCCAAGACCGAGGAAGAGCAGGCUGCUGCCAGUGCUGCGGCCGACAAGAAGGCAUUGGCCGGCGCCGGCCCCGCCUCGACUGCGGCGUAUACCACCCCCGAGCCCGUGCUCGCUGUUGAAGCGCCCAAGAAGGCCGAGGAGAAGGUCGCGACUGAGGCUGCUGCUCCCAAGACCACCACCGCCGAUAGCAAGCCUGCCGACAUCAAGCCCAUCGAGAGCAAGCCCGUCGAGAGCAAGACCGCCGAGAGCAAGGCCCCCGCCUCGCCCGUCGCGGUGGCUGCGGCUAGCGCGGCGAUCAACAACUCCAAGACCGACAAGGCCGCGGCCGAGUCGACCGAGCCCAAGAAGCCCGAGGCGGCCCUGAAGCGCGGCGAGGAACCCCAAACCAGGCCCGAGGUUCCCAAGAAGGACACUCUUGCCAAGGACACGCCUGCCGCGGUGUCUGCUCAGCAGGAGCCCGCUAAAGCGGACGAGGCUCAGACUUCCGAGACAGCAGAGCAGCCGGAGAAGAAGAAGGGAGGAUUCUUCGGAUGGCUGAAGCGGAAGUUCAAAUAG